GGCGGCUCAAAGCCCGGAUGGAGGAGCAGCCAUUGGGGAAGUGUACAGGGCUUAACGUAACUGAGGAGGGCUCUCUCUCUCUGGAAUAAUAAAGACAAAGUAAAAGACGACCGAGGGCAGAAAUAUCCAAGCUCUGAAAGCUCCAAUCGGCGAUACAUAACGUUUACUUGAAAACCAGUUACAGGACUUGACUGAUUUUUGGACACAAGUCUCCUAGGCGACAGACUUGAAGUGUGGAAGUUGGGAUACGAGCACACAGCGGAAAAUAUACAGCUGAGCCUGCGCUACAACUGCUAGCCACACGCUAAGCGGCACAGCUAGCCACGGAGCUAACUGUAACUGAGCUGUGAACUUGCUUUCUAAAUCACGGGGCUUGAAAUCCAGUCACAAGCGCAGGCUCUGUGAGAAUCCAGGGACUUGCUUAAUGAAUUAUGUCUGCCACAAGCAUUGACCCUCAGAGAUCAAAGGGACAAGCAUCUAAAGUGCAAAAUGGUUCACUGCAUCAAAAAGAGAAUGUCCAUGAAAAUGACUUUGAGCCGUACCUCACUAGUCAAUCAACUCAGAACAACAGCUACCAGUCCAUCACCGACCCAUAUCUGUCCAGCUACUACGCCCCCUCCAUUGGAUUUCCGUAUCCCCUCAGUGAGGCUCCCUGGUCUACAGGUGGGGACCCCCCUAUUCCAUACCUUACCCCCUAUGGAGCCUUGAGUAAUGGAGACCAUCACUUCAUGCCAGACACGGUGUUUGGCCAGCCGGGUGGCCUGGGAAGCAGCAUCUACCCCCACAGGUUUAAUUUUUUCCCUGAAAAUCCUGCCUUCUCUGCCUGGGGCACAAGUGGCACCCAGGGCCAGCAGACUCAGAGUUCAGCCUACGGAGGAAGCUACAGCUACCCCCCCAGCUCCCUGGGGGGCACCCUGGUGCCUGAUGGUCAGACGGGCUUUCACAGUGACACCCUCAACAAAGCCCCCGGUAUGAACAGCCUGGAGCAAGGUAUGAUUGGCUUGAAGAUCGGAGGGGAUGUCACUGGCCAGGGCUCAGGAGUCAAGGCUGUGGGAUCUGUGAUCGGUGGCCCUGUAGUGGCAGCCACAGGGAACGGGGCCACACCUAUUGGAAUGCCACCCCCCAAACCCACCUCCUGGGCAGCCAUUGCCAGCAAGCCCGCCAAGCCGCAGCAGAUGAAAGCAAAGGUGAAGCCAGGAAUGCAAGGUCCAGGAGGAGCUCUUCCCCCUCCACCCAUCAAACACAACAUGAACAUCGGGACCUGGGAGAAGGGCCCGGUGACUAAAGUAGCCACAGCUCCAAUGCAGCAUCAGCAGCCUCUCGGCAUGCCUCAUGGCAUGCAGCCUCAAGGCCACAUGCAGCAGGGACCCAUGCACCACCCUGCCCAGUCCAUGGUGCAGCCCCAGAUGCAGCAGAUGACCUUACAGCACCACCAUCACCAGCACCACCAGCCACCACCCCAACCCUACCAAAACCACACCCAGCCCCCACAACCCCAGACCCGUUGGGUUGCCCCACGCAACCGUAACCAAGGCUACGGGCAGGGCGGCCCUGGCCAUGAUGGUAGUGGUGUGAUGGGUAUGGUUGGUGGUGGGCACGGUGGCCCCCCAACUUUCCCCAGCCAGGGACCUGGUGCAGAGUCUCACCCCGUGCUGGAUAAGCUGCGUGCCAACCACAGCUACAACCCCAAGGACUUUGAAUGGAACCUGAAGAACGGCCGUGUUUUCAUCAUUAAGAGCUACUCCGAGGACGAUAUCCACCGCUCCAUCAAGUACUCCAUCUGGUGCAGCACCGAGCACGGCAACAAGCGGCUGGACUCAGCCUUCCGGGCCAUGAAUGCUAAAGGCCCCGUGUACCUCCUGUUCAGUGUCAAUGGCAGCGGUCAUUUCUGCGGUGUGGCAGAGAUGCGGUCACCAGUGGACUAUGGCACCAGUGCUGGUGUUUGGGCGCAGGACAAGUGGAAGGGCAAGUUUGACGUGGACUGGUUGUUUGUUAAGGACGUGCCUAAUAGCCAGCUUCGCCACAUCCGCCUGGAGAACAACGACAACAAGCCAGUGACCAACUCCCGCGACACCCAGGAAGUUCCUCUGGAGAAGGCGAAGCAGGUGCUCAAGAUCAUCGCCACCUACAAACACACCACCUCCAUCUUUGAUGACUUCUCCCAUUAUGAGAAGAGGCAGGAGGAGGAGGAGGAGGAGGUGAGCCAGACUUUUGAACCUUCCCCUAUACCCAACCGCUCUCGGUUGGAUCAGGAGCGCCAAAACAGGAAUAAACAAUAGAAGACAUUUAUCCUUGGCUUGAUCAACAGUUACACUAGGACUUUCGAUCUAAGAGACAGAAGAAUAUGAAAAAGCAACCAAGCCCUUCAUUUUUUUCUAUUUAAUUCUGGUGAAUCUCUGCCAUUGUUGAGACUUGUGCUUUUGUUGUCCCAUGUACCACCCACUUCUUGUGCAGGGAUAACAAGCUGAUUUAUUGUAACACCUAGCCACCACCACACUCUUUAGUUACGUUUUUUUUUUUAAAGAAAUAUUUUUCUUCCCGUUCCAUCUCGUACUAUUCUCUCACCAGACUGGUUUUCUCUCUCCGGCCCCGGCCCCCACCUCUUUCCAAUUGAAUCAGGGUUUGACUGCACCAUGGAGAAAAAUCUGCCACUUUAUAUUUCAGUACAAUCAGGAACCAAUGUGUCCUGCCCCUAUUUGUCCAUUUGGGGGCGACAUUGCCAUGCUUCAGCGGUUUAACUGUGCCAACAGGGUUGGAGGAUCCCAAAGGCCAUGUCGGACUUGGCGCUGUGCGAUUAUACAACUUCAAUGGUUUAUCUAUUUUUCAUUCAGAUCCACAAAAUCUCUAUUUUUUUGGCUUACUACUGACAAUUUUCAUUUCAGAAACCUGUUUUCUGGAGCCUUAAUGUUUUGUUCUCUAAUUAUUGGUGACUUUUCAAAAGAACUGCUCAAACAGUGACACUGCUGGAGAAAUCAGGGAUAGUGUGAAGUCACACGGGACUCGAAACAUUUCUGAAGGAGGGAUUGCUAAGGCCUCUGGGAUAAAGAAAUAAUGGAUGUGUCCUCCACAACCAGAACUCACCAUUUUAGUCCAAAAUUGUACUAUUGACAUCCCUCACACCCCUCUGCUUCGCUGUCUUUUUGAUGUUUGUCUUGAAGGGGUCUUUUGUAUGUUUCGUCAGGAGAUUCUGCUUGUGUACGCAACCCAGUCUGAGAGAAUUGACGCACCCACCAUUUUAAAUUGUUUUAUAAUCAGAAUGAUGUAACUGCUACAUUGAAUUAAUUGUUGCUUUGCGUUUCUUGUUUCACAAAUGGGGGGGAGGGUACACAUGUUUGUCCAUUCACCAUCAUUCUGUCUUAAUCCUCUGUUUUUUCCCCUCUCAAAUUUGGUUUUGCUAGGUCUAUUAUGUUGGUCGUAAUGCUAAGCUUUAACGUAGGAGCCUAUAUAUUGGAGAAAGCCUAAAAAUGUAUAACCUAAACAUUAAUGUAACUGAUUUACUAUCGAGUAAGAAAAAAAUAAGAAUGAAAUGUGGUUUCUGUGUGUUUUUUGGUUGUUGCUAAACUAGUUUGUUCAAGACUGAAACCAUUGAUUAUAGAGUACUUUCAGGUUUGUCAAGUCAACAGAAAAAAAGAUUGGAUAAAAAAAAAAAAGCUCUAAUAAAUGUGUGUCCAUGCAAGGCAAGCUGCAAUAUAAAAGGUCUGCUAGAUAUUUAAAAACUAUUAUCCAACCUGCAGCUUGUCUGUAAGGUGAGAGUGGUGUCGUAAACGGUCAUUCUUAAAGGACGGUGUCCCCCCUGUCCUUGUGUCCGUCAUUUCAGAGCAUUCAAAGCCAGAAUGCAGUUUUUUAGUGAGUCUUGGAUACCAGCCGGUCCUCUCCCUCCUGAGGUUCUCUGUUCAGUAUUUGGUGGCUUGAGGUUAUACCGAGCUGCAGGGGAUCUGCUAAUAGAAAACUCCAUGUUCUGGGAUCUUUUGGUCUUUCACUGUAUUCGUGUUAGACUCGAUGUUGCCUCAUGGUAACCUGAUCAAAUAUUCUGAUCCCAUUUCUCAACUUUCAGUUUGAGAUAUGUGACCUGAAAGAGAUAACUGACAGUUGUGGCCUAUAAGAUCAUUCACCGUACAUUGUUUGGUCUUCAGAUUAUGUUAGACGGAGUAUGUAUUCUGAUUUUCAGAAGUUAACCCCAUUAUUACAUUGAGAUGACAGAAGGUCACUCAAGUGUGUGUAGGAACCGUAUGCUUCACAGCUGUAUUUCCAGAUGUGUGAAGCUGCGUUUUCUUUACAUGGCCGGUUAAAUCUAGGGAUCUGAAUUCUAACAAGAUCCUUUUUCUCUUCCACCUCUUCUCCUUUUUACCUGCACUAAUCAAUAGCUAGGUUGAUCCAAGCAAUACGGUGAACGUGUUUGCCUUCACCGACACCGCUCUCUAACCGGCGCAGAGUCGGGGAGAAGCUGAAGGACGCCACCGAGUUGCAGCUGCCUUAGCCUCAGGAAGCUUGUACUGGUUGUGUUUAUAGUACAGGGCUAGAGUGCAUGUUAAUGUCAGGAGAUGUGUGUUGCAAAAGAGGGAUGUCAGGUUAGCGAAAGUAUAUGUAUAACACCGCAAAAGGAUUAAUGAAAUGACAUUUUAAAUAUCCAUUGAUUUAUCUUAUAGACCAUAAUUGUAGUGGGCAUAACUUGUUUGAAAGAUCUAUCUUGGUUUUCUUUUUUAGAAGAAAUCGAGCCUUAAUAAACUGUCCAUUUAGAAAUGA